CAAAGCUGGAGCGGGCCCGCGACCUCUUCGAACAGUGCCUGGAUCAGUGACCCGCUGAGCAAUCCAAGUACUUUUACCAGCUCUACGCGAAGCUGGAGGAGGAGCACGGCCUGGCCCGGCAUGCCAUGUCCGUCUACGAUCGCGCCACGUCCGCCGUCAAGGAAGAGAAGAUGUUCGACAUGUACAACAUAUUCGUGAAGAAGGCCGCCGAGAUCUACGGCCUGCCACGCACCAGGGAGAUCUACGAGAAGGCCAUCGAGGCUCUGCACGAGCAGCAUAUGCGCCACAUGUGCGUCAAAUUCGCCGAGCUGGAGACGAAGCUGGGCUAGGUGUGCGAUCCCCGCAUCACGGCGGACUUCUGACAGACCUGGAAGGAGUUCGAGGUGCGUCAUGGCAACGAGGAUACGAUGCGUGAAAUGCUG